GAAAUAAUGUGGUGCAAUUGAUGAAUCAGCGAUUAUUUACGAGCGAAAUUCGCAAAAAAAAAGAAUGACGUAGAAAUUGAUACUGAAAUCAGCAGAAGAGAUAAGAGACGGUGGUAAUUGGUUUGUGAAUGAAUCGAUAAAAAUCGGUGUUAUUGUGAUUGUUGUGGUCAUAAUUCCAUUGGAAAUUUUGGACCAUACUCAGGUUCAGACCGUACUAUAUUGAGCGGUUAUGUAAGGCCAUUGAAAAUUCCACGAAAAACGUUAAAAACAAAUUCCCCUUCGGAAACAGGAAUGUGAGUCAAUGUGAAUAGGCGAAACGGCAUGUGUUCGGAUUUGCAUUGCGUGCUGUGGUUUUGUAUUGGGAAUUCGGGCCUUUUUCACUGUGUUUUUUUUUUUGUCUUGCAUCAGUGUUGAGCAAUUUAAUUUUUUCUACAACGCCGAUUUAUACAAAACCCCGUCGUUGAAGUUUGAAUUGUCAUAUUGGCAUUGCAAUAACGACGGCUAACCCGAAGCGACAACAAAUGAACGCGAUGAGCUACGCAUGUGCGCUCACUCACGGUUGCUGUUUAUUGGCUGGAAAUUGACAAACUUUACUACAAUACUCGAAAACAUAGUGCACACCAGAUUUGUAUAUUUUCCGUUUUCAGCUGGUGCGCAUUCGAUUCCCCCUUUCGUAGACACAAAAAAAACGUUUUCGUCUCUUUUACACACGUACACAGCAGUAUUGGUGAGUCGAAUCGUCGUCGGUCGUUUGUCUCUAUCAUUUUCAAACAGUUGCCUGUUUCAUUUACAUUAUUAUUAUCAUCAGCGUAGCGCCUGUACAGUACGAAAUUUCCACAUGCACACAAGAAGAGUGAGAGUGAGAGUGACAGUGAGAGAAAGAGAGAGAGAGAGAGAGAGAGAGAGAGAGAGAGAGUAAACUUUGUGUCACACAGAACACACGAUUUGCACAUUCGAAAUUCAUUCAGUUGACGGGAGACUGCCUUCCAAAAAACACCACACAUUCGACACAAAACCAAUUUUUGCGUGUUCGCAAAAAACGAAAACAUUUAACAUUUGACAAGAUAACAUUGUCACACAACGAAUCGCCAGCCAUAUACACAUCAUUUAGUUUAUAUCACAAAUUUUCUGGCAGAAAAUUUACUGUUUUUUUUUCUAGUGACAAAUCAAAUCGCACGCGGUUGACAUCAACAAAAGAAAUCAUUCGACAAUUUUUCCGAAGCACGAAUCAACACUUCAACGAUAUCGACGACUGAAUUAGAAACAAAAACGACCAAAAGUAAAACAAUGAAACUGUUUCUAUCCUGAAACCAAACACUUAUAUCGUUCUUAAAUUGAUAUGUACAUCUUAGUUGUGGGAGUAUAGUGCAAGAAGCGAGUUGAGAACCAAUCCAACUUUUACUGAAAUUGCUUUACAUAAAUAAUUAGACACAGCGUGUGUUUUAGAGUGAGUGUGUGUUUGGAUAUUAGUUGUGUGUGUGUGUGUGUCUACGUGCUUCAGUGUUUUGUUCCGUGUUCAAGCACGCAAAACAAAAAACGAAAACCAAAAGUGUGGUGUAAUUAUAUCAUCGACAGUAGACGUGAUAAAAGAUAACAACAAUCGAACAUCAGCACGAGAAAGAACGAUGUCUUCAAAGGAAAAUGGUUUUUCUUCGGUUUUUGCGCCCGACAAGGAUCUCAGUACGAACGCGUACAUUAGCAGCUUUGAGCAAUAUCAAGACCUGUAUAAAAAAUCAAUAGAAGACCCACAAACGUUCUGGGGUGAUAUUGCGAAGCAGUUCCAUUGGGAAACCGAGGCCAAUCCAAAGGAGUUUUUCUCAUACAAUUUUGACGUAACCAAGGGUACAAUCUUCACGAAAUGGAUGGCUGGUGCAUCGACCAAUUUGUCAUUCAAUCUAUUGGAUCGCAAUGUCAAAAAUGGUUUGGCCGAUCAAAUCGCCUACUAUUGGGAAGGAAAUCAUCCGGAUGAUUAUACGAAAAUAACGUACAAGAAACUGCUGCAAGAAGUAUGCCGUUUUGCCAAUGUGUUGAAGUUGCAUGGAGUGCAAAGAGGUGACACCGUAUCAAUUUACAUGCCAAUGGUGCUCGAGCUGCCUAUUGCAAUGCUCGCGUGCGCACGUAUCGGGGCCAUACAUUCCAUUGUGUUUGCUGGAUUUUCUUCUGAUUCGCUGGCCGACCGAAUUGAUGAUUGCAAAGCGAAAGUGUUGAUCACGUGUGACGGUGCCUGGCGUGGUGAGAAACCGCUGGAAAUUAAAGCACUUUGUGAUGAAGCACUGGACAAAGCCGCCAAAUUGGGUCAUCAGGUGUCGAAAUGCAUUGUUGUGGCACAUUUGGAACGGGUCACACCCGGUUGUGAAAAAGCGGUCGAAACAAUCAAACCAACACCAUGGGAUAAUGAUCGUGAUGUUUGGUGGCACGAAGAAAUGGAAGAAGUUGAAGCGGCCUGCUAUCCCGAGUGGAUGGGUGCUGAAGAUCCACUGUUUAUGCUCUAUACCAGCGGUUCGACUGGAAAACCAAAAGGUGUUCUACAUACCACGGGCGGGUAUCUAUUGUAUGCAAGUACAACAUUCAAGUAUGUUUUCGAUUACAAGCCGGGCGAUAUUUAUUGGUGCACUGCUGAUAUUGGCUGGAUCACUGGACAUACGUAUGUCGUUUAUGGGCCAUUGGCAAAUGGUGCCACAUCCGUCAUGUUCGAAGGCACUCCAUUCUAUCCAGACAACGAUCGCUAUUGGCAAGUUAUCGAUAAAUAUAAGGUGAACCAAUUGUACACGGCACCGACUGCCAUUCGGGCUUUGAUGAAAUACGGUGAUGAACCGGUUUUGCGACAUGAUCUAUCGAGCUUACGAAUUUUGGGAAGUGUUGGUGAACCAAUUAAUCCCGAAGCAUGGCUGUGGUAUUAUAAAAAGAUUGGAAAGGGAAAAUGCUCGAUAGUUGAUACAUUCUGGCAAACUGAAACUGGUGGCCAUGUAAUCACACCACUGCCCGGUGCAACUCCAAUGAAACCUGGAUCAGCUACCUUCCCAUUCUUCGGUGUGAAGGCAACACUUUUGGAUGAGAAUGGUGUUGAGGUGGUUGAUGAAGGAGAAGGAUAUUUAGUAUUUUCACAACCAUGGCCAGGCAUCAUGCGUACCAUUUUCAACAAUCAUCCACGUUACGAAGAAACCUAUUUCUCGAAGUUCCCUGGCUACUACUGCACCGGAGAUGGUGCUCGUCGUGAUGCCGAUGGCAACUAUUGGAUAACUGGCCGUAUUGAUGAUAAACUAAAUGUAUCUGGCCAUUUGAUGUCAACCGCCGAAAUCGAAGCCGUUCUCACCGAACACAAAAAUGUGUCCGAAUCAGCUGUAGUUUCACGUCCACAUCCCAUCAAAGGCGAAUGCCUCUACUGUUUCAUAACACCAAAUCAAAAUGAAGUAUUUGAUAAAACGCUAGUAAAUGAAUUGAAAAAAUUGGUGCGCGAACGUAUCGGUCCAUUUGCCCAGCCCGAUGUCAUUCAACAUGCACCCGGCCUACCGAAAACCCGUUCCGGUAAAAUCAUGCGCCGCAUUUUACGUAAAAUUGCCAUCAAUGACCGCAAUGUUGGCGACACCUCGACAUUGGCCGACGAAAGUAUUGUCGAACAACUGUUUGCUAAUCGACCCGAAUAAAGUGCAAAUGGAUGAAUAGAAAGCAACACACCACGAUAUUUAUAUAAUAAUUUUAAAAUAAAACAAACACACACAAAGUACAUUGUAUGCAAAUUCAUUGCUUGUUUCAGCCAAUAGAUUGUCUAAGCACUAACAUUUAAAGUGGCUAUUGUUUAUCGGCCAUUUAAACUUUUUUAUUUAUCAUCUCGGCAAAAAUGCAAAGAAAAGAAACAUAAACUUGCUUAGAAAAUGUACCAUAAUUACUUUUAAUUUUAUUGAUCAUUUUUGUUUUCGAUUCAUUUUAUUGAAUGUCAAAAUGCACAGAGAAAAAAAAAACGAAACACAAAAUUCAGGGUUUUUUCUAUUGAUUUCUUCUUCUUUAUUGGAAAGUGUGGUAAUUGAUGAUUAUUGUCAGAUGCUCAAGCGGCCAUAUUUUAUUCAUAUAUUCUAUGGAUACACUCUUUACAAAGUGUUUAAAAAAAAUGGUAAAACAUCUAUUUAUUUUUCGCACACAUUUAAAAAAGAAAAGAAAAUUGGAAACCAAACAAAUGGAAUGAAAUUUAAAGAAUUCAAAGCAGAUGCUUCAUUUUAAAGAAAAAAAAAACGAUUGUUGUUAAUAUUUAGGAGAUAUAUAUAUAACUAUACGUAUUCCAAUCGAAAUAAUGAUGAUAUUAAUUUAUUGUUGUGUUAUUCAAAUAUAUCAGUCAGUUCACAUUUUGUGAACCGAAUUUCUUUUAUCGCACUGUAAUCAGAUUAGUUCUAUCCUCUAAGUUUCUUCUAACAACAACUAACAACUAUUUAUGAAUGGUCUAUUUUAAAUGUCAGACUGGAAAAAGUCUUAAAAUGAAAACAAAUGUGUUAUAAAAAACACUAAUUUAUUGCUUGAAAUAUGAUCGUAUUCUAGUUUAAUGUUAAAAUUAAAAGUAUUUUUGUUCGUUGGUUUGAAUUUUUGAUGAAAAUGAAUUUUUAACCGUCAAAUCCUAAAUGGUGCAUAAGAUAUUUGUUUUUGGCGAUCGAAUUGAUCAUAAAAGAAACAGUGUUAUUGUGUACUUAAAUAAUCAUACAUAUCAUUCCGCCUUGGAAACAACUUUCAAAAAAGGACCUUUAUUGAGGAUAAUGAACGAGUGAAUGAGGAAAAAAAAGUAACGUAUAAAAAGUAUAUUGAAUUUAAGUUUUUUAAACUGAACACAUAUCAUUGACAGUGCUUACUAAAUCAUGUUGAAUUUCAGUGUGGAAAUGUUAUUCUAACUUAUGGAUAUAGAAUAUUAAAACAAAUGAUAUAAGGAAAAUGAUAGAAAAAUAAACAGCCUUGUCCAGAUGAAUAAA